UCAAACUCCAACAACAAAACACAAAAAGAUUUUAGAACGUUUUUGUAAAUUUGGGUUUUGUAGAGUGUGUGACUGUUCCAUUCCUUGUUUCCUUAGGGUUACAGCAUCAUCAUUUUCCGACUUCUGUCAUAAGCAUUCAAAGUGAUCUGACCACAGCGCCACCUCAUAAACUCAAAAACUGUGUAUUACUACGAAAUUCCUGUAUAAAAUACAAAUGAGUAAAAGUGAUUCUCAUCCUGCUCCCCUUCCAUCACCAACUCAAACCGAAGAUGCAUCCACUCAAACGGACGAUUCAACCACUACCAAGAAAAAAAGUGAUAGUACAUCAACCUCGUCGACAACACAAGCAGCUACGACUCAAUCAAUUUCCGAAGACCCGAAGCCACUCACUUCUCCAUCACCAACUCAAAGUGUGAAGGAUGAUUCAAGCAAUUCCAAGAAAGGUGAUACUACUUCAACCUCGUCACCAACACAAGCAGACAAGAAUACAUCAACUUCGAAAGAGCAAAAAGAGAAAAAAGAGUCGAAGUCACCCUCUUCACCGCCACCAGCUUAAAUUUAGAAGAAUGUGUCAAACAAUUUGGAUCUCCAGAGGACUCAAGAAUAUUCUUCAAAUCACGGUUACAUACAAUGAUACUAUGCUUCACGAUGAACUUCGAGAGAAAUAUUAGCUUAUGUUACAAUAUUCUACCACAAUAUAGUGUUGCUUAUGAUUGAAAGAAAUAAAAAGGUGUUUUAACACCAUUAUGUGUAUUUUUUUUAUCUUUUUUUCUGUGAAAGAGUUGAGUGUGAGAUGUUGAUAUUUGAAUUUCCUUCAAUAAAAAGUUAUUGUAGAAAUUGGUGUGGAACUUAUUGGAUUGUACAAUAAUA